UUUAUAUCAAGUUACAUAUAAAUAGAGUGGCAGUGCAGUGGCAAACCCAAACCCAAGCAUCAUAACCUUGUUCUCCAGAAGCAUCAAAUAAAUCCUCCAAUGUCUGUUACUCUUCACACAAACCUAGGUGAUAUCAAAUGCGAAAUCUUCUGCGACGAGGUCCCUAAAACCUCCGAGAAUUUUUUAGCGCUGUGUGCGAGUGGUUACUAUGAUGGGACUAUAUUUCACCGCAAUAUUAAAGGCUUUAUGAUUCAAGGUGGAGACCCAACUGGUACUGGCAAAGGAGGGACUAGUAUAUGGGGCAAGAAGUUCAACGACGAGAUAAGAGAAUCAUUGAAGCACAAUGCAAGGGGAAUGUUGUCAAUGGCUAACAGUGGUCCAAAUACUAAUGGAAGUCAGUUCUUCAUUAGUUAUGCAAAACAGCCCCAUUUGAAUGGACUAUAUACUGUGUUUGGAAGAGUAAUUCAUGGAUUUGAAGUUCUUGAUCUCAUGGAAAAGACUCCAACAGGGGCAGGUGAUCGACCACUUGCAGAGAUAAGGCUCAACCGUGUAACGAUGCAUUCUAACCCACUUGCUGGUUAGACCAGUCUCUAUAGUUCAUGUAAAAUUGAAGUUUCUAUUUCCCAAAACUAUAGAUCUAACUUCUAAGUAGAGGUCAAAGAGAAUUCUUACAUUCUGAUUCAAGUACUUGGUCAUAUAUUAUUGUCUUCAGAUUUAAAGAUUCAUUUGGGUAAAAUAGUAAAAUGUACAUGGACAUAUUUGAGGCAAAUUUUUUUAUGGAUUAAGAUAUAUGCUAUUGCUUUGAACCACCUUAGGCUCUCUUUUGUUUGUGCAAGUGAAAAAUAUUGAUUAAGAUACCUGCAA